UUGUUAUAUUCCUUAGCGAAAAAUAUCAAUAAUUAUAGCCUCAUCCUCUUUCAGGGACGUCCUCGGAUUCGUCGCGCAGUUGGCGAGAAAGGUAAACUGUUCUCAGAAGACGAAAUUCGUUUUGUGCUUUCGCAAAGAGACAUCAGCCAGGUGCUUGCAUUCACUGCUCCAAAGCCGGGAUGCCCUUAUCAGCCCAACUUCAACGUGUUGGAAUACACUCACGGAAACCCACACAUCUACGUCGGUGGCGAAAUGUACGACCAGGCCACUUCAGGCAAUGAUCCGAUCUUUUAUAUGCAUCACUCAUUUGUCGACUAUAUAUGGGAGAUGUAUCGACAGAACGUGCAGAGUCGCUCAGCGCGUGAACGAGACUAUCCAAUGGACAACCAACAGUGCAGUAGUGAGCAUCACUUCAGCAAUGCCUUUAUGCGACCCUUUCCACCUAUGCGUAACAUUGACGGGCUUUCAAAUAUGUACACAGGUAGCCAGGAGUUCUAUCAAUAUUACAAAGACAAUAUGUACUCAUUCUCACCGAGGCCGAGCUGUUCGAUGGGAAACGACUGUGGAUCGAAGCAAGGGACUUCAGGUUUGAAAAAGAGCGAGCUGUAUCUAUACUGUGAUCGUUCACAUGGCUCAGAAAGAUGUGCGUCGAAGAUCAAGCCGGGAGGCAGUUGUGUUGGUCUGAACAAUGGCGAAGACGCUUGCUACAACGGUCGGUGCGUCGGUGGACGGUGUAUUGCAGAAUCAGCAGAGAUCACACCUCCUCCACCAAUUGCGCCAAGCAAACCUGUCGUGGUUGUCCAGGUGAGUUGUCUGUCUGCCAACAAUUUAAUUCACUAA